GGUGGUGCUCCAGAGGACGGCUUCAUCAGGUGUUACAUGAGCCAAGCCCUAACUGUCCAGAAGAGUGAGAGCUGACUCCUGUUACCCAAUCAGAAGGAUUGACAGGGCUUGCUGGGCUGUGCAGGUCCCUGGGCCCCUCCAUCUGGGCCCCUGUGGAUAGGAGGGGCCGGGCGAGCAGGCAGCUGGGCUAUGGUUUGGUGCUUCAGCCUGGCCAUCCUCAGCCUGAUCAUCAGCCAGGGGGCUGACGGUCGAGGGAAGCCUGAGGCGGUGUCGGGCCGGGCCGGGGAGAGUGCGGUGCUGGGCUGUGACCUGCUGCCCCCGGCUGGCCGGCCCCCUCUGCACGUCAUCGAGUGGCUGCGCUUUGGAUUCCUGCUUCCCAUCUUCAUUCAGUUCGGCCUCUACUCUCCCCGCAUCGACCCUGCUUACGUGGGGCGUGUCCGGCUUCAGAAGGGGGCAUCUCUCCAGAUCGAGGGGCUCCGGGCUGAGGACCAGGGCUGGUACGAGUGCCGCGUGCUCUUCCUGGACCAGCACAGACCUGAGGACGACUCUGCUAACGGCUCCUGGGUGCACCUCACAGUCAAUUCGCCCCCUCAAUUCCUGGAGACACCUCCCCAGGUGCUGGAAGUGCGGGAACUGGAGCCUGUGACCCUGCGUUGCGCGGCCCGCGGCAGCCCCCAACCUCGUGUGACUUGGAAGCUCCGAGGACAGGACCUCGGCCAGGGCCAGAGUCAGGUGCAAGUGCAGAACGGGACGCUGCGGAUCCGGAGGGUGGAGCGAGGCAGCUCCGGGGUCUACACCUGCCAAGCCUCCAGCACUGAGGGCAGCGCCACCCACGCCACCCAGCUGCUGGUGCUAGGACCCCCAGUCAUCGUGGUGCCCCCCAAGAACAGCACGGUCAAUGCCUCCCAGGAUGUUUCUCUGGCCUGCCAGGCUGAGGCGUACCCCGCUAACCUCACCUACAGCUGGUUCCAGGACAGCACCAAUGUCUUCCACAUUAGCCGCCUGCAGCCCCGAGUGCGGAUCCUGGUGGAUGGCAGCUUGCGGCUGCAGGCCGCCCAGCCUGAUGAUGCGGGCCGCUACACCUGUGUACCCAGCAACGGCCUUCCGCGCCCACCCUCGGCCUCUGCCUACCUCACUGUUCUCUACCCCGCCCAGGUGACUGCCAUGCCUCCUGAGACACCCCUGCCCGUGGGCAUGCGGGGGGUGAUCCGGUGCCCGGUUCGUGCCAACCCCCCACUGCUCUUUGUCAGCUGGACCAAGGAUGGGCAGGCUCUGCAGCUGGACAAGUUCCCUGGCUGGUCCCAGGGCCCAGAAGGCUCCCUGAUCAUUGCCCUGGGGAAUGAGGAUGUGCUGGGAGAAUACUCCUGCACCCCCUACAACCGUCUUGGCACUGCAGGGCCCUCCCCGGUGACCCGCGUGCUGCUCAAGGCUCCCCCAGCUUUUCUAGAACGGCCCAAGGAAGAAUAUUUCCAAGAAGUAGGGCGGGAGCUACUCAUCCCCUGCUCUGCCCGAGGAGACCCUUCGCCUACUAUCUCUUGGGCUAAGGUGGGCCGGGGGCUGCAGGGCCAGGCCCAGGUGGAGAGCAACAGUAGCCUUAUCCUGCGACCAUUGACCAAGGAGGCCCACGGGCGCUGGGAGUGCACGGCCAGCAAUGCUGUGGCCCGAGUGGCCGCCUCCACGAACGUCUACGUGCUGGGCACCAGCCCCCACGUUGUCACCAAUGUGUCCGUCGUGCCUUUGCCCAAGGGUGCCAAUGUCUCCUGGGAGCCUGGCUUUGAUGGUGGCUAUCUGCAGAGAUUCAGCGUCUGGUACACCCCAUUGGCAAAGCGUCCUGACCGAGCCCAUUACGACUGGGUGUCCUUGGCGGUGCCCGUGGGGGCUGCUCACCUCCUAGUGCCAGGCCUGCAGCCCCACACCCAAUACCAGUUCAGCGUCCUCGCUCAGAACAAGCUGGGGAGCGGGCCCUUCAGCGAGAUCGUCUUGUCUGCCCCUGAAGGGCUUCCUACCACACCAGCUGCCCCCAGUCCUCCCCCAACAGAGAUGCUGCCUCCCCUGUCCCCUCCGAGAGGUCUGGUGGCAGUGAGGACACCCCGGGGGGUACUCCUGCAUUGGGAUCCCCCAGAACUGGUCCCUAAGAGACUGGAUGGCUAUGUCCUGGAGGCACGGCAAGGCUCCCAGGGGUGGGAGGUGCUGGAUCGGGCCGUGGCAGGCAGUGAAAUGCAGUUGUUGGUGCCAGGACUUAUCAAGGACGUUUUCUACGAGUUCCGCCUGGUGGCCUUCGCCGGUAGCUAUGUCAGUGAUCCCAGCAACACAGCCAACAUCUCCACUUCUGGUGAGAAUCUGGCAGGAGGGCAGAGCCCUGGGGAUGGGGGGGCUCGAAGCCCACUAAGUCGUGGACACCGACCCUCCCCCAUGGCCCUUUGCCCAGGCCUGGAGGUCUACCCCUCGCGCACACAGCUGCCGGGCCUCCUGCCCCAGCCAGUGCUGGCCGGCGUGGUGGGCGGGGUCUGCUUCCUGGGCGUGGCUGUCCUCGUGAGUAUCCUGGCCGCUUGCCUUAUGAACCGGCGCAGAGCCGCGCGUCGCCACCGCAAACGCCUCCGCCAAGAUCCACCUCUUAUCUUCUCUCCGGCCGGGAAGUCAGCUCCCCACUCUGCUUCGGGCUCGGGCAGUCCUGACAGCGUGGUGAAGCUGAAGCUCCAGGGCUCCCCAGUCCCCAGCCUGCGCCAGAGUCUGCUCUGGGGGGAACCCGCUGGACCCCCUAGCCCCCCUCCGGAUCCUCCACCUAGCCGGGGGCCCUUACCCCUGGAGCCCAUUUGCCGGGGACCAGAUGGGCGAUUUGUGAUGGGACCCAAGGUGGGGACCUCCCAAGAAAAGUCAGGCCCUGAGCAGGCUGAGCCUCGGACCCCAGCUCAGCGUCAGGCCAGGUCCUAUGAUGGCAGCAGCAGCCCCAGUGGGAUGCCCCAGCCCCUCUGCAUUGCAGACAUCAGCCCUGUGAGGCCCCCUCCAGCAGCGCCUCCCAGUUCCCUGCCAGGUCCAGGACCCCUGCUCCAGUACCUGAGCCUGCCCUUCUUCAGGGAGAUGAAUGUAGAUGGGGACUGGCCCCCCUUGGAGGAGCCUGCCCCUCCCCCAGAUUACAUGGAUACCCGGCCCCGCCCCACCUCAUCUCUCCUCCACCCCCUGGACUCCCGCUCUGAGUUCCCCAGGGCAGCGCUUCCUGGGGCCGUGCUUGGGGUUGGGGCCUCCCCAGAGCCCCCGUACACAGCACUGACUGACUGGACGCUGAGGGAGCGGCUGCUGCCAAGCCUUCUGCCUGCCGCGCCUCGGGGCAGCCUCACGAGCCAGAGCAGUGGGCGGGGCAGCGCCUCCUUCCUUCGGCCCCCCUCCACGGCCCCCUCUGCAGGAGGCAGCUACCUCAGCCCCGCUUCAGGAGACACCAGCAGCUGGGCCAGUGGCCCUGAGAGGUGGCCCCGAAGGGAGCAUGUGGUGACAGUCAGCACGAGGAGGAACACAUCUGUGGAUGAGAACUAUGAAUGGGACUCAGAAUUCCCAGGAGACAUGGAAUUGCUGGAGACUCUGCACCUGGGCUUGACUGGCCCUCGAUCCCGACUUGAAGCUGAGCCAGAGCUAGGUGCGAAGACUCCAGAGGAGGGCUGCCUCCUGAAUACUGCCCACGCUCCUGGCCCUGAGGCCCGCUGUGCUGCCCUUCGGGAGGAAUUCCUGGCCUUCCGCCGCCGUCGAGAUGCUGCUAGGUUCCGGCUACCGGCCUAUCGACAGCCAGUCUCCCACCCUGAACAGGCCACUCUGCUGUGAAUGCCCUAAUGUGAGGCAGGGUGAAGGCACACGGACCCUGCAAAGAAGGCCCCCAGCAAGACCUAGCUUCAGCCUGGGACACUGCCCCUCCUCCUUUGGUGCUCAGACACCGACCCUGACAGUGGGCUUGGUGUGGGAUGUAUGUGCUGAGCCUCUAGAGUCUGGGGACUGGAACAGGGAUCUUAGGUCUGCCCGUGUGUGUGUGUGUGUGUGUGUGUGUGUGCAUGUGCGUGUGUGUGGUGUUUGUGGUGUGGGUGAGGUUU